GUGGACACGUCACAGAGACACAAAGCAGCGGAUCGUCUCUGACACCAGUCAUGAAGUCUCCAAAGCUGACAGCUCGAGCAAAGCCACUGGAGGAGCAGGAGGACCUGAGCGAGGUGCUCGGCGAGUUUGACGCCGUCAUUGAGGAUUUCACAUCGCCGGUGGAGAAGCAGCACUUCAGGUACGACGAGCACCUGAAGACCAUGAAGAGAAGAAGCAGCGCCAGCAUCAGCGACAGCGGCAUCAGCGACACCGAGAGUGCUGAUUCUCUGAACAGAAACAGCUUCAGCUUCAGCGACGAGAGGCUGAACUCACCCACUGUCUUCUCCCCGACCCCCAUCUCACCUCCUCCAAUGUCACCCAGAGCUAAACUGGGUGACACAAAAGAACUGGAGGACUUCAUCGCUGACCUUGACAGGACUUUAGAGGGCAUGUGACAUGGACGUGUGUGGUGGACUGCAGCCGUGACAGAGGGAGUGGGUUUGUGGACCCCCAGAUCAGCCGCCAUGACAGAACCACCUGACCCGAUACAGCUGGAUGCUGCUGUGACUUCACCACGACAUCAAUCUGUCCAGGAUGUCCAACGUAGUCCACCAGCUGACGGUCACAUCAAGCCCCAAAAGGGUACAAAGGAACAGUGACUGGAACAAGGACCUGAUUGGCUCCGAUCACAGGUCAGGAGUCCUACGGCUCAAUGGUCCUUCAAGGACCUAAAGGACCAAUGAGCUGUAGGACUACUGAGUCAUCCCCAAAGGCUCCUCCGGUCACUGACAGCAAGGUUUACGGAAUGUGGACCCGGAAAAUACGGUACAAAGAGACAUAACCAGUCUGCACCACUCCCUCAUCCAAACCCUGAGCUGGAAAACUGGAAUUUUUUUUAGCCAUUUUUUAGGUCUUGCUGUAAAUUUAUGUGUUUUUUGUGAAAUAUAUUUUUGUAUCUUCUGUAAAUAAUCAUUGUCUCAGAUUGUGUUUGAUACUAAGUGAACGCCUUCAGUCACAUGACCGUUUGACUUGAAUAAUGUUACUAACAUGUUUUUAACUAUGAAAGCUUUAUUUAAUACAAAAUAAAAUUUAAAUACUUGACUCUUCA